AACCCUCAGUUUGUUCUCCAUAUUUAUGAGUCUCUUCUGUUUUGUCCCCCUCCCUGUUUUUAUAAGGAGGGCUUAGAUUCUAACUCUGCCUCAGCCUUACUCUAACUUACUGCUCGUGGAACCCUGGGCAAAUCACCUGAAGUCCCCAGCCUCGGUUUCCUCCUCUUCAAAAUGGGGAUGAUACCACCCUCAGAGUACUUGAAAGAGGAAUCUUGGCUUUCUCGUGGAGUCACUGUAAAGUCCUUAGCACAAGGCCCGAUGAAGUUCACAUUUGACAAAUGGUAGUUACUGCUGUUGUUAUUAGUAGGCGUGGAGAGGUGGGGACAGGGUUGAAGGACAGCUAGGAAGUUGGCUGGUUUUGGCCGCUGGCUGGACGUGGCCUUCUGGUCCUGAACGGCUCACCUGUCAUCGUGCCUGGGGCGGUGGAAGCAUGAGCGAGGUACAGGCAAGCAGCUAGCUCCUUUGGUCUGGGGUCUGGCCCCCACUUCUGGGCUUCCCUUCCCAGAACCCCACUAUCAGGGAGUGUGUGUAAGUGUGAGUGCGCCCAUGUGAACGUUCAGGGAAGGGAGGUCCAGUGAAAACAAAGGACAUUCCUUGGUGCUGUGACUCCGGGAGCUCAGCUUUGUGCUAACUUCAUUCUGAUGAAAUAAGCGAUGGUGGACUAGAGAGACUGGGCAUCCUCUUGAGUGAGGAGUCAAGGUCUGAGUUGGAGUCCUGGCUCAGUCACGAAUUAUUCAUGGGCCCUGAGAACCGCUGUCACCUGGACUCAGUGCCCUCACCUAUAAAAUGUGGUUGCAUAGAUGAUGCCAAUCUUUUCAGAGCUGAGUUCUGACAUGUUCCAGCAGUCAAAGUUAGUCAGCGCCUUGUCCUGGAUGGAGGGAGACCCUCAGAGUGGGCUGGGGACCCCCAAACCUCCCCCACUUUGGAUAACAUUCUAUGGCCCUUUGCAUGACCCCACCCAUUCCCAAUAGCCCUUCCCCAUUAGGUGCAGUCCACCCGUCAGCUGGGGAGUGCUCUGUGGGCAGCAUGAACCCACCUCGGACCCCCUAACGCCUCUCCCUUGUCUCUUUCAUCUCCAGUCUCCCACCGGCAGAGCGGGAAUAACCGUUCCCAGCUAAGUUAGAUGGAUGGUCCCCAUUAGCCUGGCGCGCUGCUCCCCUCCUCCCCCCACAAUUUCCAUUGUCAAGGGAGGUGCUGCCGUGUGUGGGGGGAGCCUGGGGGACCAGAGCAUUUGGGUGGGGUCGGGGGUGCCCUGCCCCUUGAGCAGGAAUGGUACCCCCGGGGAAGAAACCAGCGGGAGAGGCCUCCAACUCCAACAAAAAAUGCAAGCGUUACUUUAACGAGCACUGGAAGGAGGAGUUCCCCUGGCUGGACUUCGACUACGAGCGGAAGCUGAUGUUUUGUCUCGAGUGCCGCCAGGCCCUGGUGCGGAACAAGCACGGCAAAGCCGAGAACGCCUUCACCGUGGGCACCGACAACUUCCAGCGCCACGCCCUGCUGCGCCACGUGACCUCGGGGGCUCACCGCCAGGCUCUGGCUGUCAACCGGGGCCAGCCCACUUUUGAGGGCCAAGCUGAGGGAGGAGGGGCCUACCCAGACCUGGCCACCACCCCCACCCCCACGGGCGUCAAGGUGGAGGUGGACCCGGCCAAAGUGGCGGUGCUGACCACGGUGUACUGUAUGGCCAAGGAGGACGUGCCCGACGACCGCUGCUCUGCCCUGCUUGAGCUGCAGAGGUUCAACCUGUGCCAGGCGCUGCUGGGCACGGAGCAUGGCGAUUACUACAGCCCCAGGAGGGUGAGGGACAUGCAGGUGGCCAUUGCCAGUGUCUUGCACACAGAGGCCUGCCAGCGCCUGAAGGCAUCCCCAUAUGUGGGGCUGGUGUUGGACGAGACCAGGGACUGGCCCGAGUCCCACAGUCUGGCCUUGUUUGCCACUUCGGUGUCCCCCUGUGAUGGCCAGCCUGCUACCACCUUCCUGGGCAGUGUGGAGCUACAGGAGGGUGAGGCCACCGCUGGCCAACUCCUGGACAUCCUGCAGGCCUUCGGCGUGUCUGCACCCAAGCUGGCCUGGCUCAGCUCGAGCCUCCCCAGUGACCGCCUUGGGCGUGUGGGCCCACAACUCCGGGCCGCCUGCCCGCUGCUCACCGAACUACACUGCCUCCCUGGCCGGACAGAUCCCGAGCCCCCUGCCUACCUAAGCGAAUAUGAAAGUGUGCUGGAUGCCCUAUUCCGCCUCCAUGGUGGCCCCAGUUCUCACAUGGUCCCUGAGCUGCGGGCAGCACUGGACCUUGCAGCUAUUGACUUGGCAGGACCGCGGCCAGUGCCCUGGGCCUCCUUGCUGCCUAUCGUGGAAGCUGUGGCUGAGGCUUGGCCUUGCCUGGUGCCCACGCUGGAGGCCUCUGCUCCAGCCUCCCCUACAGCCAAGGCACUGGCCCUCGCCCUACGCCAGUUCACCUUCGUGGCCUUCACCCACCUGCUGCUGGACACUCUGCCAUCCAUGCAGAAGCUCACCCUUGUCCUGCAGCCUGAAGAGCCGGACUUGGCCUUGUUGCAACCCCUGGUGAUGGCAGCCGCAGCCUCCCUCCAAGCCCUGCGCAGCUCGGGUGGGGCGCGCCUCCAGGGCUUCCUGCAGGAGCUGGCGUCCUCCAGCUCUGACUUGGGCGGUGGGCGCUGCACCUACCGCGGCGUGGAGCUGGUCGGCUACUCCGAGGCUGCGGUGCGGGGCUUGCAGCGGCUGCGGGGGGCCUUCCUAGACUCCAUGCGGCGGGGGCUGCGGGACUCCUACCCCGGGCCCUCGCUGGACGCCGUGGCCGCCUUCGCGGCGAUCUUCGACUCGCGCGGCUACCCGCAGGCACCCGAGGAGCUGGGCGCGCACGGCGAGGGGGCACUGCGGGUGCUGCUGCGCGCCUUCGCCCCCGCCGUGGUGCGCCAGAGGGCGCUGGGCGACUUCGCGCUCUUCAAGCGCGUGGUGUGCAGCCUCGGGCGGCUGGGCCCGCGGGCCUUGUGCGCCAAGCUGGCCUGCGCGCGCUCCGAGCUGCACGAGCUCUUCCCGGACUUCGCCGCCCUUGCCGCCCUGGCCUUGGCGCUGCCCGCGGGCGCCGGCCUCCUGGACAAGGUGGGCCGCAGCCGGGAGCUGCGGUGGUGGGGGCAGAGCGGGGCAGGGGAAGGCCGGGGUGGCCCGGCGGUGAAGAUCGCCGUGGAUGGGCCCCCGCUGCACGAGUUUGACUUUGCACUCGCCGUGGAGUUCUUGGAGAGUGGGUGGGCGGAGGGGCUCCUGGGGUCACAGCUCACGUGAGGGCGGCCCCCUUCCCUC